ACAUGUGGGCGGGGUCAGUCCCCCAGGUUUACAGGAAACUUGAAAAGCAGGAAGUCCUCAACUUCUUCAGAUUUGUUCAAACUUUCCCCGAAAAUACGAGAUUAACCUUCAAAACACAACAUUUGUUGCAGUUUCUGAACCGUUUUUACAGUGUUCACCACCAAGGUGAGGGGGCCAUGAACCGAGUCCCCCUGCAGCAACCGCAGACCUGCGGGCCCUGGGAGCUGAAGGAGCGACUUGGAACCGGAGGCUUUGGGAAUGUCACAAGAUGGCAAAAUAAGGACACAGAGGAGCAAAUUGCUAUAAAGCAGUGCCGCCAGGAGUUGAGUGAGCGAAACAAAGAACGAUGGAAACUGGAGAUUCAGAUCAUGAAAAGGCUGAAUCACGUCAACGUGGUCGCGGCUCGAGAUGUUCCUGCGGGGAUGCAGAAGCUUGUGACCGCCAACGAUCUACCGCUGCUUGCUAUGGAGUACUGUCAGGGAGGAGAUCUGAGAAAGUAUCUGAACGUCUUGGAUAACUGCUGUGGAAUGAGGGAGGGCUCCGUGUUGAUUCUUCUACGUGACAUUUCUUCAGCCCUCACUUACCUCCAUAAUAAGAGGAUCAUCCACAGAGACUUGAAACCAGAAAACAUUGUGCUUCAGCAGGGGGAAAAGAGACUGAUUCACAAGAUUAUAGAUCUGGGCUAUGCUAAAGAGUUGGACCAGAGCAGUCUCUGCACCUCCUUUGUGGGAACUCUGCAGUACUUGGCCCCGGAGCUCAUAGAGAGGAUGCAGUACACCGUCACUGUGGACUACUGGAGCUUUGGCACUUUGGUGUUUGAGUGCAUCACAGGAUUUCGUCCUUUCUUACCCACCUGGCAGCCUGUUCCCUGGCACAAUAAAGUCAGGCUGAAGGAAAACGAUCACAUUGUGGUUUAUGAGGACCUCUCAGGAGAAGUCCAGUUCUCUAAACAUCUGCCUCAGCCCAAUAACCUCAACAGUCUACUGCUUGAAAAGAUGGAGAGGUGGCUGCAGCUGAUGUUGAUGUGGUCCCCUCAGAAUCGAGGCAAAGACCCCAACGCCACACCCACCGACUGCUUCUCCCAGCUGGAGCUCAUCCUGAAACUCAAGCUUGUCCACAUCCUAAACAUGAUGUCCGCUAAGAUCCUCACAUACUCGGUAGCGGACGAUGAGACGGUGGCUGACCUGCAACUGAGAAUAGAAAAAGACACUGGCAUAACUGCAGCCAGCCAGGAGCUGCUGCUGGAGGCGGGGCUAGCCUUGGAGCCACACGUGCCGGCUUCACAGUGCGCCGUGGAUUAUUCGGAGGUGGAUGGACGACGGAGAGACCUGCCUCUGGUCUUCUUAUUUGACCGUUCCUCCUGCACUUAUCAACCCCAGUUUGCUCCUCGAACGCUUCCUGAAAAUAUCCGCUUUGUCCAAAUGGACCCCAAGCACGUCCUUCCUUACAGCCCUCUGAGGAGGACGUGUGGUCAGGCGUGGCACACCAUCCGCUCCCUGAAGGAGGACUGGCAAAGGCUGCAGCAGGGCCAGAAAGCUGCCAUCAUGAGCCUGCUGAGACACAACUCCUCACUGUCCAAACAGAAGAAUGAGAUGGUUUCCAUGCACCAAAGACUUACUGCCAAGUUGGAGUUCUUCACCACCAGCCUUCACAUCGACAUGGACAAAUACCAGGAGCAGACAGCCACAGGGAUUGCGUCAGAGAAGCUUAUGAGUGUGUGGAGGGAGAUGGAGCAAACGGCUGUCAGCUGUGGUCAGGCAAAAGUGUCUGAACUGGAGGACGAGAUGAUGCAGCUGCAGCCAGACAUCGUUGAUGUGCAGAGGCAGCCGUGGAGGUGUGGAGAGGCCUUGGAUACGCUCGAAGGAAAAGCCAUGGAGCUGUUCCGAAAACUCAGAGAAAAACCCAGAGACCAGAGAUGUGCAGGAGACGGUCAGGAGGUGAUGCGUCUGGUCCUGCAGGCUGUGCAGGUCUACGAGAGGAAGCUCAAAGAUUUCUAUACACACCUCAGUAAGACUGCGGUGUGUCGCCAGCGUGUGAUGGAGCUCCUACCAAAGGUGGAGGGCGUGGUCCAGAAGAUGGCGGAGAGCGAACAGAUCCUGAUGAGCCUGCAGGAGAGGCGACAGAAGGAGCUGUGGAACCUGCUCAAAGUGGCCUGUAGCAAAGUCAGAAGCCCGGUCAGUGGGAGUCCUGAUGGACUGCGUACUCCUUCAUCGGUGCCGCCUCUUCUGACCCCCAGAGACAGCUUACAGCAGAUUGACGAGUCGCUCCUGGAAGAAAGCCGGACGUUUGAGAGUCGCCUCCAGAGUUUGCUACACACCACCAUCCAGGAGUCAGAGAGCAGCAUGGAGAUGCUGCGAGAGUGGACGUGGCUGAGUGGAGAGCAGAGUUUUUCCAGCGACCUCUCCUGAACAGGAGUAGUGUGGGACUCUACUACCCCUCUGUGGACGAGAUGCAGGACUGCAGGAGGGGGGCUGCAGUUCUGUUCAAGGAGUGCAGCUGCUUCAUUUACAGCCUUAAAGGGCCUAUAUCAUGCUUUUUUUUAACCUUUUAAAGUAAACUAUAUUCAUACAUAUGAUAAAAUAUUGGGGCGCAUUGGUUAGCGCUCUUGUCUAAUAGCAAGCGCUCAAGUCCUGGCUGGGGUACCUGAAACAGUCCUGUGUGGAGUUUGCAUGUUCUCCCCGUGCAUGCGUAGGUUUUCUUCGGCGACUCUGGCUUCCUCCACCGUCCAAAAAAAUGCUUCAUAGGUUAAUUGAUGACUCUAAAUUGUCCACGGUGCGACUGCAAGUGUGAAUGGGUGUGUGCUUGUGGCCCUGCAACAGACUGGCGACCUGUCCAGGAUGUCCCCUGCCUUUGCCCACAAUUCGCCAGGUUAGGCUCCAGCAGCCCCCGAGACCCCCAAAAGGGACAAAACGGUUAAAAUGGAUGAUAAUAUUUUAUCUUUGGCACACUAAAGAAUUUUUUCCUUUUUUUUAAUGAAAGUGAUUUUCGCUGUUCAUUUUCCCACAAGGAAGUAAGACGACCCGCUCCUUGUGCCCGCCCAUUACAUGAUGUCAACCUAGAGCCAGCCUCGGCAACAUGUCUUCGCCUCGUCCAUGAAGACAACAUCCAAAUUUUUCCAAAGAUAGAUUUGCAUAUUGUGCGUAUAAAAGGAAAGCGUUGUUGCCGAUCACCGUCAGCUCCACGGAGAAAGUGGUUGUGUGUGUUGGUUCUAGCGGCCCAGAUCUUUCCUGGAAGGGGCUGUACAAAGUGAGAAACUACCCGUUUUUGUGGAUUGGGAGGGGCUGGUGCUCAGAGAGUAGGUUUUUAGAGGAAUACUUAAAGAUACGUGAACGGAUCAAACUACCGCUUUAGGGUUACUUUUGUGAAGAAUUGACAUUGUAAUACACUUUAAAGCUCAAAGUUAAUUUUGCAUGAUAAAGGCCCUUUUAAACUAUUAGUGGCUCUGGUUUUGGGGAUAAAACACGCUCAUGGGUACAUCAACCCUCCACAAUGGCAAUGACAAAACUGACUGACUUAAACAAAAAGACGAUUUUUUUAAUUUAGUUUUUAGGUUUUGUAAAUAUUAUGUUCAUAAAUAUAAGAAACUUAAUUGCUGUUUUUAUUUUAUCAAAACAAAGUUAAUUCCCAAUUUUAAGACAAGUCAACUGUGAUGUUUCCAUAAUUUACUGUACUUUAAUUGUACAUUAGAAAUCAAAUUUCUAAAAGAGGAAACUUGCAUUUGUAUUUUAAAAAGACAUAAUCAGAAUUUGUUUUUUAUGUUUUUUUAUUGCAUAAAAUCUUUUUUUAAACACUUUAUAAGACUUAUUAGAUAUUCCUGGUAAUGAAUCUUCCCUUCAGACUGUGAAAUGUGCAUAUACGAAAAAGGACAAAAUUGUUAAAAUGUUCAAUGCUUGAACAGAAGGUGCAUCUUUACCAUCUACAUGCAAGGAAAAAAGCUUUUAAAAAGCUGUCCACUGUAGUGACUACAGUAUAUAUUUAGGGGUAAAAGUCAGAAAUCUAUGAACUAUGGUGUACAUUUCAGGCUGAUCGUCAUUACAAAGGAUUUAAAACAUUUAAAUCAUUCACUUUAGUUUUUCUGAAGCACACAAAGGUUUUGAUUCAUUUUAAGUGUGUGACACUUCUGAAUAAACUUAACUGAAUGUUAUAA